AUGUUCAAUCUUCCACCACCGCCACGAUUUACACUUCCACCUCCACCAAUAUUUCCAUCGGAUAUAUUUGAUUUAAAAAUUCUUCUUCCAUUAACUUGUUCGUCAAUACGACAACAACAAAAACAAAUUAAUCUUCAUUUGAUAGUUAUUAGUUGUAUUAUUUUUUUUAUUCUUGCAAUUCUUCUUACUCUAUUAUUUAUAUGUAUUCAAUCUUAUCAUCGACACAAAUCUGUACGAAAUAAUCUUGUCUUAAAAUCAAUAUUAAUUGUUCCGAAAGAUAUAUCAAUCGAUGAUAAUUGUUCAUAUGCAACCAUUAACUCUAAUAUUUAUCUUGAAUCAAUCAAUCCAAGUCAUAUCGUUUGUCAACGAUGUCAUCGAAUAUCGUCAUCUUCUCUUUCAUGUUAUGAUACUAUUCCUUAUUAA